GAAAAGGACACAGGAAGGAAGUCGCAAGUCUUCGUCGCUGCUUCUGCGGUGCAGAACUCGGAGGAACUCUUGGAGAGAGGAAGCGAUUCGACUCGCUGUGUAGUCUCUCGACGACGCUGCUUCGAUUCACAAAUUUGGUAUCGACGGACUGUGGAUUCGGAGGAUCUAGAAAUUAAACCGAGUGACGCCGAUUUGGGAAGCAUCGGAAGAACGAGGUCGUUGGUGCUGUUACUUUGAGUCGAGGGUGAGAUUUUAUCAAGGUUGGACGUCCAUAUUGACCAAAAGUGGGUUGACCCGUGAGAUUAAUUCUCAAACUCCGAGCAGUCCGUGCUAAAAUAAAGGAGAAACUUCCUGACCAAGAAGCUUAAUCGUUGAGUUAGAAAAUAAAUACUCCCAUUACUUGUGCAUCAACGAUGUCGAAGAACAACGAUAGCCAGAACAACUGCAAUGCUUGCGUGGUGUGCUACAAGAACGUCGAGAUUUAUAGCAUCGGGAUGUGCGAACAUCCGGUGUGCUACGAGUGCAGCACCAGGAUGCGAGUCCUCUGCCAGCAGAACGAGUGUCCGAUCUGUCGACAAGACCUGCCGAAGGUAGUCUUCACCAGAGAGGUGAAGCCCUUCCGGCAUCUCAAGAAAGGAGACCUUCUCGACACCAGAUACAACAUCUACUUCGACAGCGAAGACAUCAGGGAGAAGUUCAUGCAAUUGCUGGCCAACAAGUGUAGGUUCUGUGGAGACGCAGAACACUUUGAAAACUUCUACAGCCUAAAGGACCACAUGAGACGGAAGCAUGAACUCCACUACUGCGAUCUCUGCGUAGAAAAUCUGAAGAUCUUCUCCCAUGAAAGGCGCUGCUACACCAGACCGGACCUGGCUCUGCAUCGCAGGAAAGGCGACGUGGACGACAAGAGCCACAAGGGUCACCCUCUCUGCGAGUUUUGUGACCAACGGUACAUGGACAACGACGAGCUGUACCGCCACCUUCGCAGGGACCAUCUCUACUGUCACUUCUGCGACGCGGAUGGCCUCCACCAGUACUACAGCUCCUAUGAUUACCUCAGGGAGCACUUCAGGCACGAACACUUCCUCUGCGAGGAGGGACCUUGUGCCGAGGAGAAGUUCACCAGUGUCUUCAGGACCGACAUCGACCUAAGGGCCCACAAAGCAGGUAUCCACGGGAAGCAAUUAGGUAAAGCCGCGGCGAAGCAAGCGCGAACAUUGGAGCUGGAGUUCACGUUAGCUCCUAGAGGAGAAGGUCGAGGUCCGCGACGAGGAGGGCAGGGUCCCUCCGGGUCAAGGGGUCCUCGAGAGUAUAACAACAACAGCCACGCACCCGGGACCAACCACCAGGAAACAGGUGCGACAGGUGGCUGCCCAGCGUUUCCCUCGCAGCCGGAGGAGGAGCAGAGCCUCCCCAAGCAGCAGCCUUCGGUGGACGUCCUGAGCACGGAGGAGUUCCCAACGCUUGGCAACGCCGUGCCCAUUGUGCCACAGCUAGGCUCCUCCAAGGGGACCAGGGGCAACGUGACGAUCCGCAGCACGCUGAGACCCCAGCCCCUGGCGGUCACCGAUGAGAACUUCCCUGCUCUGGGGCCCGAGUCGACUCCAGGCGGCAUCUCCAAGGUGAACCUGAGCGUGUCCAGCUCGAACAAGCUGGCGGCAGGUCGCGCGCCACGCGCUCCUGGGAACGUCUCCAUCCGCGUGGACCACAAGGCCAACGGGACGGUGACGACGACGAGGGUGUCGGGCCCGAACAUCCGGAUCAGGCCGGCACUCUCGAUGGACGCCGACUUCCCGGCCCUGGGCCCGGGGACGACUGCCGCCUCGGCCCAGUGGACGAGGGUCACGUGCACGAGGCCGGCCGCCGCCGCGCAGGCACGCCCAAAGAAAUCGGUGGCGCCCUCUGGAGAAGACUUCCCGAGUCUCUUGGACCCUGCUCGCGCGAAGCGACAACCCGCUAUGGCGGCAACGGCCUGGACCGGCGACGACAACACCAAGGCCAAGACCAAGAAGAAAAAGCCGAAGAACGGCGGGAACUCUGGGAAUGAAUCAGGUAACAACUCGAAGGUCGGAGGAGCCAACAAGACUCCGAAGAAGGAGCAGGACGGUCCCAGUAGGAACAAAGAGACCGAGAAGGCAAAGGAGAGCACAAAAAGCACGGAAGAGGAAAAAAGAAAGCCAAAAAGCGAGGACCCCGAAGAGGAACCUGAAAGUAUCAACAAAGAUAUCGACACCUUGCCAAGAAAAAGAUCGGAGCUGAAGAUCGAAAGCCCCAACUCGACAUCGAGUCCUGAAGUUCGCCUCGAAGAGUUCCCAGCCCUCGGUGGAGGUUCUUCGGGGCCACCAGGUUUUUCAAACCCUCCUCCAGGGUUCAACGCAGCCCCACCACCUCCACCUGGGUUCUUCGUCAAGUUGAACAGUGUCCAAAGAUUGCCAGGAGACAACGGAUUGACCUUUACCAACAGUUCCGGAGAGACCUACUCGAUUCUGCCAGACCGUGAGAAAAGGGUCGGAGGGUUUCCCUAUCUCCUUCCUCCGGACUUCCAGAAGAGGAACAAGAGUCUGGAAGCCAGGGUGAAGGAUGUCCUCGGGGAGCCGGAAGCCCUAGACGAGUUCCGCAGGGCCAGUGGUCGAUUCAGACAGGGAAUUUGCAGCCCCGAAGAGUACUACGAACACUGCCGGAGAGCUAUGGGUGUUGUUAACUUCGAGACUGUGUUUAAUGAAUUGUUGGUACUUUUGCCGGAUGUUGAGAAGCAGAAGGAGCUCUACAGGGUCCACCGGAAGGUGAAUCAAGGAAAGACGAAAGGUUUGGAGGCUUGUGCGAAUUGUGGACAGGUGCUGAAGAGUGGAACAGAUUUUAGGUCUCAUGUUGCGGACCACACUAUGGAGAAUCAUUUCCCAGCGUUGGGGAAGGCAUGGGUUAGGAAGUGAAAGAGAUUCAAUGGCUCUUCGGGGUUGUGGAACGAUGGAAUUGUGGUGACUGCGUCGUGAUGGUGUGGCUCCGGUGUUGGGAAUUCUGGAGACGGUGAGGAGUUAAUAGGUUAUGUACUGCCAAAACUUGAAAGUGGAGGGUUCAAGAUGUGGAGGCUCUUUAGGGUUGGAACUUGAAUAUCCAAUUUGUGAUCUGAAGACGCUGGAUAAAUUGAACUUGUUAUCGUUUGACAUCUUUUAACUGGAUAUCAGCAUCCGAGAUGAAUGUACGAUGCCGAAAAGUCUUCAACCACAAGGAGUUACUUCAUGAUGUGCCGUCGGACAACAACGAGGAGUUACUUUACGAUGUGCUGCCAAAACUUAAAAGUGGAUGGUGCGACGGAUGGUUUCAAUAUGCGAAGACUCGUCAAGAUUGUAGAAUGAAUAUCCAAUUUGAUAUCCCUGUCUGUCAACUAAAGACGCUGGAUAAAUUGACCAUGUUAUCGUUUGACAUCUUUUAACUGGAUAUCAGUAAUUGAAGGUGACGUACGAUGCCGAAGAGUCUUCAACGAGAAGUUACUUUGUUAUAUCCUGACAAAACUUGAGAAUUGGUUCAAAAUGAGGAGGCUCCUCAAGAAUAGGACGUGAAUCUCCUUUUUGAUCCUGAUCGUCAUUUGGAGGCGCUGGAUAAAUUGGCAUCGUCAGUGUUUGAAAUUCUGUGACUGGAUAUCACCGUCGUAAAUUUUGUAAACCGCGUAAAUUCUGUCGUAACGUCUAAAGAAACCCAAAUUUUUUAACUCCGUGGACAUUGUGGCAAUUUCUGUACCCGUCCCUUCUAAAUUGACGUAAGCAUUGUUUCUAAACUCUUCAAAUACAUUAUUUUAACUUCUAAGAGCUACAUAACCUCCAGAAAUAAUUUUUCAAGAGCAUAAGAAAAAUAAUGUUAACGUUAAAUAUGUACAAAAACAUUCAAUGCCACUAAAAUAUUGUAAAUAUAUUUAACAUAAAAAGCCAUUUUGCCAUAUUCUAAAAAAAAGGCAUUUCCCUAAAUUUAUUAAAUCUUUUAUUAGCAUUAAAUGAAUACGUAAUAAGUUAUGAAUCGUCCAGAAAUUUCCUGUCCACGGUCUUAAAAGAGUUUGGAACUAUGUGUAUAAUUAUUAAUAGAGAUCGGAAGGGCGUCAAUUAUUGUUUUUUGUUUUUUGUUUAGCGCGUCCUAGAAUAAAUAUGUUAAUUAUGUUAAGUCGGGAACUAUUUAACAUCCGUCUUGUGGACUGCGAAAUCUUCACGGUCGGCCAGAUGUAUAUCGGAUAUUUUUCUAUUUCGAAAAGCUGCCGAAUAAUCCUAGGGGAUAAAAAAAGGGAUGUACAGGAGGUUUAGAUUUUUCGAAAUCUUUUCGACAAAUCGGCCGACCCUCGGAAAGCACCGUGACGGACAUUGUUAUUAAUAAUCCGAGAGCGUUACCGCGCCAGGUAGCAUGUAAUUGCGCUUUUCCGGAUUAAGCAAGCGAGGUAUGAAAAAAAUGGUUCCUAUAAAACUUGUUCAGUACACUAUUCUGAACGAUUUUUAUUUGAAACUUUUUUCGAUACGAUGUGGAAGUGAGAUAGGAAAUCCGAAAUAAAGAGCUUACCUAAAUUAACACGAGGGGUAAGGAGAUUUAAUUUAACUUUUCGGUGUUAAGCGCGCAAAAUAUUGGGAAAAUGUUUCUCACGAAACCUUUCGGAAAUAGGAUACUGAACAAUUGUUAUUAGAAACAUUUUUCGAAAUGAUGCACAACUGAGACGGAAAACCCCAAAAACGUAACAGCUUUUUUUAUAUCAACAUCAGACGCGAGGAGAUUCAGUCGAAUUUUUCGACGUUAAAAACGCAAGAUACGGAAAAAUGUUCCAUACAGUUCUUGUUCAAAACAGAAUACCGAACAACUUUGAUUUGAAACCUUUUUCGAUACGUCGCCGAAUAAAGACAGGAAGACGAAAAACGUGCAAGCUUUUCCAAAUCAGCCCGAGAUGGGAAGGUAUCCAGUUGAGCUUUUCGACAUUAAGCACGCGAGAUAUCGCAAAAAGUUUCAUUCAAAACUUCUUCACAAUGAAAUACCAAACAACUUUUAUCCGAAACUUUUUUUGAUACGACGCGACACAGACAGUCCAUCUGAAUUCACCUUAAAAUGUAAAUAAAGUCAAUGGUGGAUUGCUUCUAAAUCGACCGUUUUGUCUUCGAGUAAGUGUAUAAUAAAACCUCUCGUACAUCCCGAAUUGCGAGCGCCCCCUAUGUACAUAUUACGCGUGUACAUAUUAUACUAUAUAUGUAAACUACGAACCAUCCGUUCUUCACAUUGUGUCGUUUCUUGCGGAUCACUCUUUCGAGGGUGACGAAAUUUCGAUCCUCGACGAGGGAGUCGAUUCUGUAACUUUGGUGAGAGCGCUCACGUGAGUUUAUUCACCCGGUUCUCCAAAUGAAAAUGUGAGAUCUUCAGACUGAAGGAACUUGGUCCGGGAUCUCGGAGUUUCUGGUCGAGCAGUCUCACGCGAAAUUUCUCACAUUUUUACCAUAGUGACAGUUACGAAAUCCCGGGAGAUGAUCACUUUUAGAAUAUUCACCAGAUUCGAGUUACGGAAUCGACUCCCAGGUCGCUCGAGAUACAUCGAAAAUAUGUCAGCGUAACGCCAGCUGUACUGUUUUUGUACAAAGGUAAUAAAGUCAUACGCGUAGGGGCUAAUUUUCUAAACGAGCUUCCGCUUAGUUUCCCCAUUUCCAUGCUAAUGAAUUUCCCUCGAGACGGAAGGAAGUCAAAUAUGGCGGCGCUUCGGGACCGGAAAUAAUUUUUUAACGGGAUCUGAAAUAAUAUUUACGUGGUUUUGGGGUUAAAAUAUUGAUUUUGGUUACGUGGAGCCCAUAAAACUAAAGAUUCCUUAAAUAUUCUUCUUAAGACUGCGAAAAGCAAAGAAAAACUUCUUGAGUUAAGGUACGACGCUCGCCGCCAUUUUGAAUUUCCCGGUACUUGAACAAUUUUUUUUAACGCUUAUGCAGCCACGAGGUAAACAAUGUACUUUAGAUAUACGGAGCCCGAAAAGCCAAUAAUUCCUGUGAUAUUCUUGCAAAAGCGACAAACAAAAGAUGGGUCAUUUUUUAAAAGUGAAACUCACGAGUUGAAAAGAACGCUCGCCGCCAUUUUGAAUUUCCCGGGCCGAAAGUGAAACCUCCGAAUUGUUCGCCCUUGGCACCAGAUAUAACGAAUAAUGCAAUCAUACCAUUUUCACACAAAUUCACGAUAUUCUUUUUCAAUUACUCCGAUUUUAUUUAUCUUUCUCAUGCGAUCUUUAGUUUAUGAGCGUUUCUUAAGAGUACCUUUUAUGAGAAAACGAAUUUCAAGGUAACUACAUUUAGUGCAAGGUUUUUCAAAACACCAAAGGUGUCGAUUUUUGAAGGGUAUACAUACCUCCGUGUUUCCUCGUACAAUAAAACGAAAAAAAAAAACGUCCUUCGAGGCACUGGUCAAAGUCGUUCUUAAUAUUUAUUAUCCGUCGAAGGUAGUACAAAGGGUAACCGGUGAAAAUUCACCACCUGAGCCGCUUAAGUGUACAUUAGUGAAAGCAAGAGACCGUAGAGUUAACAAACGACACAGACGCGUCGAUUCGAUCCUGGGGGUCGAUUCUGUAACUCGAAUCUAGUGAAAAUUCUAAAAGUGAAUGCCUCCCGCGGUUCCAUAUUCCCUAUGGUAAAAAUGUGAGAUACCUCGCGUGAGACUACUCGCCCAAAAACUGCGAGAUUACCUUCGCUCUAGAGAACUCACAUUUUCACUUGGAGAAUUGGAAAACAGUGAAAAUUCUGAAAG